AUGGCCGAGACCGAGCAGUAUCAGCUCGCGUACUGGCUAGAGCAGCUCCAGGGAAGCCAGCCCGCCCAGCUGCUCUGCGACAAGCCCCGGUCGGCCAUUCUCUCGGGCAAGGCGCAGGUCCACCACUUCGCCCUCGAUGACCAGCUUUACCAAAAGCUUCAGGCCUUCUGCCAGACACAUCAAGUCACUCCCUUUGUAGUGCUCCUCGCCGCUUUCCGGGCGACGCACUACCGCCUCACCGGCGUCGACGAUGCCACCAUUGGCACACCCACUUCAAGAAACACCAACCUCCUAUGCCUUCGCACCACCGUUGAGCCAGAGGACUCGUUCCAUGCUCUCGUCCAGCACGUCCAGCAAGCCAACAGCGCGGCCUCUAGCAACCAGGAUGUCCCCUUCCAGAAGAUCGUCUCGAAGCUGCGUCCUGGCGCCGCCGACCAGUCCCGUCACCCGCUCGUUCAGACGACAUUUGCAAUUCACUCGUCAGAAGAUGCCAACAGCCCCCGGUUCGACGGUGUGACGGUAGCCACGUCCAACUUCGACAUUGAAUUCCAUCUCAUCCAGGAGGCUCAGCGCAUGACCGGUCACAUCCUCUUCUCGGAUGACCUGUUUGAAGCUUCGUCCAUCCGCUUGGUCGAGUCCGUCUUCACUGAGAUCCUCGGCCGUGGCCUCCAGACCCCGGAGGCCCUCGUCUCGACCAUGCCUCUCACCCAGGGUCUCUCAGCACUGACCGAUAUGGGCCUCGCAGAUGUUGCGCGCACCGAUUACCCGCGCGACGCGAGCGUCGUCGAGCUCUUCCGGAAACAGGUCUCUCUCAGCCCCAACGCCGUGGCCGUCAAAAACGCCUACUCGGCUUCUCAGCUCACGUACGCCGAGCUGGAUCGGCAAUCGGACCAGCUCGCCCACUGGCUGGUCCAGCGCGGGCUCGCCCCGGAAACCAUGGUCGCAGUGCUGGCACCGCGGUCGUGCGAGACCAUCAUGGCCCUGUUGGCCAUUCUCAAGGCCAAUCUCGCCUAUUUGCCUCUCGACAUCAACGUUCCCGUUGGCCGCCUCGAGGCUAUCCUCUCUGCCGUCCAGGGAGACAAGCUCGUCCUCCUCGGUGCCGGCGUCACGCCUCCCACUCUGCAGCUCAAGGACGUGAGCUUCCGCCACAUUGCCCAGGCCCUGGACGAGCAAGGCCAGCUCUGCGCUGGCGCUCUGCCGACGCCCACAGCUUUGAGCCUCGCCUACGUCAUGUUCACGUCCGGGUCAACGGGCAAGCCCAAGGGCGUCCAAGUGGAACACCGCGGUAUCGUGCGCCUGGUGCGUGAGACUAACGUGGCCUCCAAGACGCAGUCAAGUGGCAACAUUGCGCACGUUGCCAACCUGGCCUUUGACGCCGCCACGUGGGAGAUCUACGCCGCGCUGCUCAACGGCGGCACGCUCGUUUGCAUCGACUACAUGACGGUCGUCGAUCCCAUCACUCUGGGACAGGUGAUGCAGCGGGAAGCCGUGCGUUCCUGCAUGCUCACGCCGGCCCUCCUCAAGCAGUGCCUUGCCAACGCGCCAUGGGGUCUCUCCGGCCUGGAACUCCUCUUCGCUGCCGGAGACCGCUUCGACCCCCGCGAUGCGGCCCAGGCCAAGGGAAUCAUCAAGGGUGACCUCGUCAACGCCUACGGUCCCACCGAGAACACCACCUUCAGCACCAUCUACAAGGUCCCGGCCGACGAGAAGUGUGUCAACGGCAUGCCCAUCGGCGUGGCCAUCAGCAACUCGGGCGCCUUCGUCAUGGACCCGGAGCAGCGCCUCGUGCCUCCUGGCGUCAUGGGUGAGCUCAUCGUCACGGGCGACGGUCUUGCCCGUGGAUACACCGACGCGGCGCUCAACAAGAACCGCUUCGUGAAUGUGGUCAUCAACGGCCAGUCUGUCCGCGCCUACCGCACCGGUGACCGAGUGCGCCACCGCCCUUCGGACGGCAUGAUUGAGUUCUUUGGCCGCAUGGACUUCCAGGUCAAGAUCCGUGGUCACCGCGUGGAGCUGCCCGAGAUCGAGCAUGCUCUUCUGCGCAUCGAGUCUGUCACCGAUGCCGUGGCUCUGGUGCACCAACCUGAGGGCGCGCUGGCGGAGCUUGCUAGCUUUGUCACUGUUCAGGAUGACAUCGUGGAUGCCGCUGCUCAGCAGGACUCUCAGGACGCCGGCCACGACGGCCGACUCGAGAACCAGGCCGAGGCUCGGCUCAAGGCGGCGCUGCAGGCCUCGCUGCCCAAGUACAUGAUCCCGGCACGCAUCGUCGUGCUGGACAAGAUGCCCAUCAACGCCAACGGCAAGGUCGACCGCAAGGAGCUGGCCAGACUGGCGAGCGUGUUCGGCAAGGCGGCCAAGGGCUCUCGCCAGAUCGUGGAGCCGCGCACCGAAGUGGAGCGUGCCGUGUGCGAGGAGCUCUCCAGUGUGCUCAACGUCGAUGCCGUCGGCAUCACCGACAACUUCUUCGACCUUGGCGGCCACUCGCUCAUGGCCCCCCGUGUUGCCCAGCGCAUCAACCAGCGCCUGAAUACCACUAUCCUCCUGCGUGACGUGUUCGCCUACCCGGUGGUUGCGGACCUGGCGAAGAAGAUUGGCGAGUUGCUGGCCGAUUCGUCCCAGGACCAGCUGGACCAGGACUUCGGCGAGGACGAGGCCAUUGAGAUCGAGGACGAGGAAGAGCUGCUGACCAUGUCGCUGGCCACAAAGCUGCGACACUUCAACUCGGUUGCCCGUCCGCAGUGCGUCGAGUCGCUCGGCAUCGCCAGCGAAGACAUCGAGGAGGUUCUGCCCGCCACCGGGGUCCAGACCCGCAUGCUCGUCUUCGUCGAGGAGGCCGAGGAGAUGAACAUCACCAAGCCCUGCAUCGAGCACUUUGUCUACCACGUUCCCGACGAGCUCGACCCCAUCCGCCUGGAGCAGGCCAUCCUCGACGUCACCAAGCGCCACGACGCCUUCCGCACCGUCUGGGUGCAGGUCCAGCAUCCCCUGAGCCCCUACGCCCAGUGCAUCCUCAACCCUGCACACCCCCGUGCCCAGCUGCCCCUGGUCCACAGCGUCGUGCACGAGUACGACCCCAGCCCGGACAGCCUCUGGGAGCAGACCAUCGGCAACGCGCAGCGCAGCGCUGAGGAGUACAUCCGUCUGGACCGCCCGGGCGCCGUUGUCCAGUUCGUGCGCUCAGCCGACAACAAGCACCACGUCGUCAUCUUCUCCCUCUUCCACCUCAUCUACGACGGGAUGAGUUUCGACUUCCUGCGCCGCUCGUUCGCCAAGGCCUACGAGGGCCUUCCCCCCAGCAACCUGCCCGCGGUCGGCAUGCGCCUCCCCGUCGAGAAGCACUACAGCACCGACUGGCUCGCCACCAGCAUGUACUGGAUGAAGCGUCUCGCCGGGGUGGCGCCGUUCAAGGCUGGUGCGACAGUGCUCACGCGUGCCACUCCCGACCAGUACACGUCGAUCCGCACCGCGCAGGACACCGCGUGCGAGAUGCUCGAAGCCUCCAUCAGCAUGAACGACCUCUUCUCCUUCACCCGGACCGCCAAGUUCCCCUCGCCCAUGGCGAUUGUCCAGGGCGCCUGGGCCAUGACACUCGCGCAGACACUGGUCAAGGCCAAGAGCGCCGGCCCGGAGCAGCCAUCGGCAGCCAACCUGGACGUGCAAUUUGGCAGCGUGUUCCACGGGCGCUACAGCCCCGAGGCACUGCGCUGCGUGGCGCUGAUGCUGGACGUCCUGCCCACACGCAUCGUCUUCUCGGACGGGUCCAAGAAGCGCACGCAUCGCGAGAUCUGCCAGGAGCUGUUCACGCAGUACGUCGACUCGUUGGAGUUCUCGGAGAUGCCGUGCCCGACCAUCGACUUUGCCAAGCUGACGCGCCGGUUCGACAACACGAUCAUCCUGCAGGCCUACCCCAAGGAGGAGGUCGAGGUGGAUGUCGAUGCCAGCGGGCUGCCCAAGACCAGCAUGGAGACGUUGCCCGGGUUCACUCGCGAAGAGCGCCUCCAGGAGCCCUGGAAGGAGACCAACCACGGCUACCCGGUCUUGAUGGAGCUCUGGCCCGGGCGUGACAACGAGGACGAGAAGUUCCGUCUCCGCUGCACGUACAAUAACCGCUGGCCGGGCUACGAGUUCAUGACUCAGGAGUGGGCCCAGGGCUUGCUGCUGACUCUGAAGCAGUCGCUGGAACAGAUCUUGCGCAAUCCUGAUGGGGAGUUUGACCCAGUGGGACUUGUCGAGGCAGGACAGCAGUAG